GAACUAGAUUUCAUAUUAAUAUUAAUUGAUCAAAUAAAUCUUAUACUUGAAAACGGGCUAAAAAAAGAUUUACAAGAGAUCAUAAAUGAUCUCAUAAAUCAAUAUGACAGGUACAUAUUUUUUUCUGAUAAAAUUUCAGAUGAAGAUCAAAGCAAAUCUUCUUCAAGUAAUAUUGUUACAAUUAUUAGUGGAAAUAAUAAAAGAAUAAUAGGUAGUGAUGGAAGUCAUGAUGAUAACAAAGGUCAUGUUAAGAAGAUAAAGAUCAUUAGUAAUAAUAGUGAAGAAGAAUCAGUGGAAGGGGAAGAAAUUUACUUUAAAAAUGAACAUGUUGCAGUAGAAGUAAUAAUUGAGGAUGUUGGUGGUGGAUGA